AUGUCGCCAGUCACAAUCCAUCUCCGGUCUGAGACAAAGCCGCUAGAGCGUCGUUCUCCAGUGUCGCCUUCGACUGCCAAGGCUUUGCUCGACGCUGGCUACGUAGUUAGAGUGGAAGAGUCUCCGGACCGUAUCUACAAGAUCGAUGAGUUCAGAGCUGUCGGAGCUGAGAUUGUGCCUACUGGCUCUUGGGUCAAUGCACCCAAGGGCGACAUUAUCCUUGGAUUGAAGGAGAUUGAAGCUGAUGGAACACCGUUGCCGCAUACCUACAUUCAUUUUGCUCACGUAUACAAAAAGCAAACUGGUUGGGCCACUGAGCUGUCUCGCUUCUCAAACGCAGGUGGCUUGCUGUAUGACUUGGAGUUCCUCACAGAUAAAGACGGAAGACGAGUAGCUGCAUUCGGAUACUGGGCUGGGUUUGCCGGGACUGCGCUGGCACUCUUAUCCUGGGCUCAUCAACUGCUCAACCCCGGCGGCAAGGUCGACGCUGCACGUUCCGCUAACGAUGGUGCGCAUCAUCGACUGGUUGCUAUUGGUGCCCUGGGCCGCUGCGGCAAAGGUGCCAUCGUAGCAGCUGAGGCUUUCGGUGUCACUGACAUUCUAAAAUGGGAAAUCGCUGAAACGAGAAAAGGUGGCCCAUUUCCUGAGGUUGCGUCGUCUGACAUCUUUGUGAACUGCGUAUACCUAGGCUCCAACAAAACCCCGCCAUUCACAACUUUCAAAGCUCUCUCAGCACCUGACAGACGACUCCGGGUCAUCUGCGACGCCAGCUGCGACCCCAAUAGCGAGAACAAUCCCAUUCCAGUAUACUCCAGCUACAGUUCGUUCGAGAAACCCACUGUUCGUGCUUCUGAGCACAUCGAUGGCCCUGAGCUGCGCAUCAUCGCCAUCGAUCAUCUUCCUACCAUGGUUGCGCGUGAGUCGAGCGAUGAGUAUUCCUCACUGCUUCCGCCAAGUCUGUUAACUCUAGGCCGUCGGGAUACUGAAGGGGUUUGGCAGCGAGCGGAACGGAUCUUUCAUGAGAAGGUUGCAGAACUGUCCUAA